CAGGACUCUGGAGUGUUGUCCAAGAAAUCCCAAUCUCAUCGCCCCAUCGAUAAAAGCGAAAGCACGAAGAUUACGCUAUCAGUCGAAAUUUCGCUCUUCUUCUGCUUUUCUAUUCGAAAACAGUUAAUAUAAAUUGUAGGUAUGAAGUUGGAUACAAGUGCUCUUGAGUCGCACCGGCUGCUCAUUGGAGCAAGCAAUGAGCUUCAAAAUGGGUUCUCAACUGCCCCAUCUUUUGAGAUUCCUAAUACUACUGAUUUUGAUUGCUUUCAGAAAGAAGCUAUACAGAUGGUGAAACCAGCAAAGGGCACCACCACUCUGGCUUUUAUUUUUAAGGAGGGUGUAAUGGUUGCUGCUGACUCUCGUGCGAGCAUGGGAGGCUACAUCUCAUCGCAGUCUGUCAAGAAAAUCAUUGAAAUUAAUCCUUACAUGCUUGGCACAAUGGCUGGUGGAGCAGCUGACUGUCAAUUCUGGCAUAGAAAUCUAGGUGUUAAGUGCCGACUCCACGAACUUGCGAAUAAGCGCAGAAUAUCGGUUACAGGGGCCUCGAAGCUUUUAGCUAACAUUUUAUAUAGUUAUCGCGGAAUGGGUUUGUCUGUCGGAACAAUGAUUGCUGGUUGGGAUGAAACGGGUCCUGGGCUGUACUAUGUGGACAGCGAGGGGGGACGCCUAAAGGGAAUGCGAUUUUCUGUUGGAUCCGGUUCUCCUUAUGCUUAUGGUGUUCUGGAUAGCGGGUAUCGAUAUGAUAUGUCAGUGGAUGAAGCUGCAGAGUUGGCUAGACGUGCAAUUUAUCACGCGACGUUCCGAGAUGGAGCAAGUGGUGGUGUCGCUAGCGUUUAUUAUGUGGGAGCCAACGGGUGGAAGAAACUGUCCGGGGAUGAUGUUGCUGAGCUUCACUACAAUUACUAUCCAGUUCAACCGACCGUGGCAGAACAUGUGAUGGUUGAGGGAUAGCUGCUUUAUUUUGUUCUUCCUGUAACUCCCUUAUGUUUGCAUUGUGUUUCUUCAACUGAACAGCCUGAUUACUGCAUAGCAUCUUACUUCUGCUGACCUCUUUUUGAACUCUGGUGUGCCAUUUCUUUUGAUUUUAAAAUAUUUCAUUAUAGGUAAAAGUUUAUUAUCUUUACAAGCUUUA